UCUGUUAUGUGAUAUUUGUUGUUUAGAUUCCCGGAGCAGCGAUGGACAGGGUCAGCCUGCUGUGGCGUCUGAGGCGUCGCGCUCGCCGUGGAGCCAUCUGCAUGACCUUCUUCUGCAUCUCCAUGGCUCUUCUUUAUGCCCUGUGUGCUGAAAACAGUGUGCCUGUCACAGACGCCAUCUUUGGUGUGAGGGCACGUACCAGGGCUCAGCCUCGUACACACUCAGUCAUCAAGGUGCUGCGAGGGGGAGCAAAAUCAAUCUACGCAGACCCUCAGAAGCACCCGGGUAUAAUUGCAGGUGACCCUCACCGCCCAAUCCCCGUCUUGUCUUCACCCAACCACACCAACGAGGACUGGGAGUCUCCACCGAAACGAGCAACAAAAGCAAAAGAGUCAUCAGGCUUUUUUUCUCACCUGCUGCCAGGCCCUUUCACACGGGCACUAGAGACUCUAUUUGUAGGCCGCCGUAAAGGAGAGCUAAGCGGCAAAUCGGGCGACUCUGAGUUCUUCGGGUCUAAAGGGAUUUUAGGAGAUGUGUGGAAUGAUGAGAUGUCCAGCAACAUGCUGGGAAACAGGCUGAAGAAGGUGGUGCAGAACUAUCAGGCGAUGAAUAAAUACGGCGUAAAGGUGUCUGGACCUGGUGGCACCUCCAACCGGCUGAAACUGAGCGGCAGGGAGCUGCUCUGCCAGCUCAAGGAGAAGGUAGAGGUCACCACUUUGACUUCUGAUCAUCAGCCUUUCUCUGCGUUGGCCUGGGCUCCCCUGCUGCUACCGCCACAACAGCUGACCUCUGACCUCGGGCCAUACAAAAGCUGUGCAGUGGUGUCGUCUGCAGGGUCACUCCGCAACUCUGGACUAGGCAAGGAAAUUGACACUCAUGACGCGGUGCUACGGUUCAACGCCGCUCCAACCAGUGGCUUUGAGAAAGAUGUUGGCUCCAAAACAACUGUCCGUCUCAUUAACUCACAGGUGAUGGCAUCUGAUGACCAUCGCUUCCUGUCCAGUUCUCUGUACAGCUCAGGUGUUCUGGUGGCCUGGGACCCCGCCCCCUUUUCCUCCAACCUCAGUCAGUGGUACAACCACACAGACUAUCCCAUCUUCAAUCAGUAUCAGAGAUAUAGGAGGCUUCACCCGCAGCAGCCCUUCUACAUCCUGCAUCCUCGCUUCGAGUGGCAGCUGUGGCAGCGGAUUCAGGACAACAUGGCUGAACCCAUACAGAAGAACCCGCCCUCCUCUGGCCUGCUCGGUAUGGGAACCACCAGCUGUCUCACCACUUCCUGCUUAUAUUCUGUCCACUUUGAUUCUGACAUAUUAGAUAAAAAUAACUUCCUCACCACAAAUGAAUUUGGUAUGAAACCUCAACAUGGGAACAGAAUCAACAGUUCUAAAAGUGACCAUUUUUGAUAGUCCAAGUCUGGC